AGGGCUCCAUCCUGCCACAGAAUAUGCACUGGCAAAAAUCUUCUGCUCCAGACCAGCAGCCACAGCCUCGGCCCUACCAAGGCGUCCGUGUUAAGGAGCCAGUGAAGGAGCUGCUGAAAAGGAAGAGGGGGAAUGUCCACAAUGCCACUGCAACAGCAGCUGCAACGGUUGUUUUGCCCCAUCAGCCACUUCCUUCCUAUUCCCCAAUGGGCCAGCCCUGCAUUGACAUGGACGUGUCUGCCCCUGCUCUGCCAGUCACAGAUGAAGGAGCACUGGCUUCUGGCUGGAUCCCCCAGCCCUCUCCCACAUCCCUGCAGCCCCUGACCCAGUGGACCACCUACCCCGAGUAUGUGUCCCACGAGGCAGCCAGCUGUCCCUACACAGCAGACAUGUAUGUGCAGCCCAUGUGUCCCAGCUACACCCUGGUGGGACCUUCAUCUGUCCUGACUUACACGUCCCAGCCACUCAUCACCAACUUUGCACCCCGGAGCAGCACCCCGGCCGUGGUGCCCCCGCUCGAGGUGACGGAGCAGCAGCCGCCCCUCACGUACUUCCCGUGGGCACAGCCCCUCUCUGCCCUGCCAGCCUCCACUCUGCAGUACCAGCCAGCCUCUUCCACGCUCUCGGGGCCUCAGUUUGUGCCCGUGCCCAUCUCCAUCCCCGAGCCAGCCCCCCAGGAGCUGGAGGAUGCCCGGCGGGUCAUCGGCGCGCUGCCCAUCGAGAAGCUGCUGCUGGAAGACGAGGACAAUGAUACGUAUGUCCUAAACCAUGCUCUGUCUGUCGAAGGGCUUUGAGCUGCUGCACACCUGGGGCCUGCCCCUCACCUACUCAAUGCUCCACCUGGCACCACAGAGAGUUUUGAGU